CACAAGUGCGGUGCGCGAGAGUUCCCCCGGACGACAGGAGGGAGCCAGCGGGGCGUAAACGGUUAAUCGCAGCGGGUCAACCCCAGGCACAGAGACCCGACGAGUCUUUUAGGAGUUCAGGGGUCACGGCGACCUCCAGAGGAGACUUCCGAGGACACCGGCGUGCGGUCAUGGCGUCCAACAGUCUUUUCAGCUCGGUGAACCCGUGCCAGCAGAACUUCUUCUGGGAUCCGAGCACCAGCCGCAGGUUCAGUCCGCCGUCCAGCAGCCUUCAGCCGAUGACGGGGAAGAUGAGCGAUGCGCAGCAGGAGCCGAACGCGCAGCUGCCGAGACUCAGACAACACGACAACCGGACCAUGGUGGAGAUCAUAGCGGACCACCCGGCCGAGCUCGUGAGGACCGACAGCCCAAACUUUCUGUGCUCGGUGCUGCCGUCCCACUGGAGGUGUAACAAAACUCUACCGGUGGCGUUUAAGGUUGUGUCGCUGGGAGAUGUUGCUGAUGGGACCGUGGUGACCGUGAUGGCAGGGAAUGAUGAGAAUUACUCAGCAGAGCUCAGAAACGCUUCGGCUGUCAUGAAGAAUCAGGUGGCACGUUUCAAUGACCUGAGAUUUGUUGGCAGGAGCGGAAGAGGAAAGAGCUUCACGCUGACAAUCACAGUAUUCACAAACCCACCCCAAGUGGCCACUUAUCACCGAGCCAUAAAGGUCACAGUGGACGGACCGCGAGAGCCACGACGACACAGACAGAAACUGGAGGAUCCUCCUAAAGCAGCGCUGUUCUCAGAGCGUCUGAGCGAGUUAGAACGCUUGCGCCAGACCACCAUGAGAGUCGGUGUACAAACACAGAGUCCACGACCGUCUCUCAACGUCACGCCAAACUCCUUCAACCCGCAGGGGCAAACUCAGAUCUCAGAUCCACGUCAGACUCAGUCAUCUCCACCCUGGUCCUAUGAGCAGCCCUACACCCCUUACCUGAGCCAGAUGACAUCACCAUCCAUCCACUCCACCACCCCGCUGUCAUCCGCCCGUGCCACCGGUCUGCCCACCAUCAGCGACGUGCCACGACGUCUCUCGGGUACAUCAGAUCUGAGCCCGUUCUCGGCUGACCCGCGCCAGUUCGAGCGUCAAUUUCCCGCCCUCUCUUCUCUCGCAGAGAGCCGAUUCUCCAAUCCCAGAAUGCACUAUCCCACAACGUUCACCUACACACCCACACCGGUCACCUCCGGCAUGUCCCUCGGCAUGUCCGGCUCCACCCACUACCAUACCUAUCUGCCUCCGCCGUACCCCGGAUCCACCCAAAACCAGAGCGGGCCCUUCCAGACCAGCAGCACACCAUAUCUGUACUACGGCGCCUCGUCCGGGUCUUACCAGUUCUCCAUGGUCCCGGGUGGAGACCGAUCCCCAUCUAGGAUGUUGCCGCCGUGUACCAGCGCGUCUGCCGGAAACACCAUCAUCAAUCCCAACCAAACAGACGGUAGUGAGGCGGACGGCAGUCACAGCAGCUCACCGACGGUGCUCAACUCCAGCGGUCGGAUGGACGAAUCUGUCUGGCGGCCAUAUUGAGAAGGUCAAAGUUACCAACGCUGUUAGGCUUAAAGACGCGGUGCAUUUGUACAACGUGAAGGGAAUAUGAAGCACAAACUCUUGUGAUGGUGGCAGUGUACGUGUAUGAUUCAUCAUUCCACUUAAAAAGUCAACGACACGAGACGACAGUCACUCAAGAAAUCCAUUACAAACCUGAACAGGGAAAAUAUUACAGGCUUGAAAUGACAUGAGAGUGACCACCUGUUGCUUUGUCCGGCCUAGAGUAGUAACAGGUCCACUGAAUAUUUGUAGAUGUUCUUACCAUUGUAUAAUUUAGAAUUCGUUAACACUGAACGUGAUUUUUCUUUAUUUAAGCGUUUUGACUACGGCUCAUUCCCUCGUGUUAAUUUAUGUGUAACAUGGAUUUCAGAAGCAAUAAAAGCCAUAUAGACUUUAAAUUAUACAACGUGUUUAGAGGGACAAAACUGAAGAUGUUUGAAUAUUGUUUGUUGGUCAUCUAUUAUUAUUAUUAACUUAAUGAAAUAUUUACUCUCUUUUUAUACAUUUAAUUUAAAUGUUUGGCUUUUAUUUUCGCUAUUGUAAAGCAACAAUUGUAAAAACAAUCUCCAGUGGUACGUGUGUUAUGAAGGAAGGACACAAUCGUAGAAUAAUGUCUUCAUAAUCAGAAGCAUGAAGUUUAAAGCAAUAAGAAGUCGAGUCUGAUAUGAUAUGUGUAUAAAUGAGAGGUUUGAUUUUAGUUUGGGAUGUUUAUCACGUUAAUUUAUUGUAGAUGGAGUUUUUAUUUAAAGCUUUUGUUGUGACCAGACUCUGUGAGCGGUGCUUUGGGGCUGAAAAUGUGUUCCUCUCUGUUGUUAAACUGGACUUUUAUAGGUCACAUAAACACUAUGCAAACUCAACGAUACAAUCAAACGUAGCAUCUCAGAAGUGUCUGCUGGUUUUCUACACAGUGUGUGCUUUAAGCUUUAAUCUUACUACACAAUCUCACAAUAUCUGAAAGAACUGCACAUUUCAUUUGAACUAUGUUACAUCAAACAAACAAAUGUUACACAAACAGACAAUCUGAAGUUUAAAUGAAACAGCGGAUGUUUACUAAAGAUCAUCUCCAUUUCUAGUUAUAGCGUUUAUUUAUUGGAAUGAUGAACGAAGCAUAAAUUGGGAUGAAACUGUUUUGAUACAGUAUGUGUUCGUCUGAGAACUUUGAAGCGGUACUUGAAAUGAAAUGUUUGUAACUCGGCUGCUGGCAGCUCCCUGGAAAAUCUGUUUGUCUUUCUAUUAUUUUUUUGGUUUUUGUGUAAAUCAAAGCACUUCUGUUUUUUAAUGGACGGAAAAUGAACAAAGCGUAAAUAUCCAAGAAAGAGUCUCAUACGUCAGCCCGACAUCAAAACAAAGAAGAGUUCUUCCUCGCUCGCAUUCAGAGAAUCGCAGAUUGAUGUUUCACCUGGACAUGUACAGCAGCUCUUUGUCUGGGGUCAAAGGUCAUGACACUAAAGACAAAACCUGAAGUGAACUCAACACAACAGAUCAUUUCUCUUCUGUACAGUAUUAAACUCCUGUAAUUCAUUCACGAUUUCAUCUUUUACACCGCUCUUAAUCCACUCCUCUUGUUUGUUUGGUUUUUACCCGGGUGUCUUCUGGUUGUGCGGAGAGCCGUAUGUUUACACAACGUUUACAAAAACUGCAAUUGUACAAACCUUCUGCACUGUUAACUUUCUACGUUUCAUUGCUUUAAUAUGAGAUGAACACAUGUUCGGCCGUGACUGAAGGUCAAAAUGUGUUGAUAUGUUUAAUAUUACAGAGAUAACCUCCUGAGCUGAUUUGUUUUUUAAGCAGUGACAGAAUUCAUCAUCUCAUCUUGUACAGAUGUGUGUGUGUGUGUGUCAAACCUUCAUCUGUUCAUAGGGGACUAACAAUCCAGUAAACAUUGUGAGAUUUCUAAUGAUUGUAUCAGUUGUCUUUGAGAA